UAAAAGUCAUCUCCAGCUCUUCUUUCACAAGAAAAAACUGAUCAAACUUAGAAGUCUUUGUUCUUCUUGCAGUGUUGUCAUCAUAUAUUAAUUUCUUCUUCCUCGGAUUGUUGAUUUUAGAAGACCGAAAAGAAAAGAAAAGAAAAAUGACAAAAGAUAGGAAUAUAGGGGUGGCCAUAGAUUUCUCUAGUGGAAGCAAGAUGGCUCUGGAAUGGGCUAUCGAUAAUCUGGUGGCCAAAGAAGACACCUUGUUUCUGAUUCAUGUGAAGCCCUCCGAGGGGAACGAAUCGCGCAGUUCUCUUUGGUCCAGCACCGGUUCGCCUCUGGUUCCAUUGGCUGAGCUUGGCGAUCCGGAUUUGGUGCAGAAAUAUGGUGUCAAGUUUGAUCCUGAUGUUCUCGGAAUGGUUGACACCAUUUCCAGACAAAAAGAGGUGAAGGUUGUGGGAAAGGUUUACUGGGGAGAUGCCAGAGACAAACUGUGCGCGGCUGUUGAAGAACUGAAGUUGGAUUGUUUGGUCAUGGGAAGCAGAGGACUUGGCACCAUCCAAAGGAUUGUUCUGGGGAGCGUGACGAACCACGUCAUGACGAAUGCAACUUGUCCCGUAACCAUAGUAAAGUGAAGGAUACCAACAACAUCCAUGGCCUUCUGAUUUUCCUAAUUCCGGAUGGUGGUCGUAUUAGUGUGUAUCAUUGUGGUUGUUUCGGUUUGUUUGUUUGGCGAUCAAUAAAAGUACAUCCCCAACCGUGUAUAUAAGCCAGCAGAAUCAGAUUCUGGAUCCAAAGGCAUUGCUGAGGAUUCCAAAGAACACAAAAAAUUUCCUUCGGGUUGGAGAAAA